AUGACUCACCAAACACAUGCUUAUCACAUAGUUAACCCUAGUCCAUGACCACUAACAGGAGCCUUCUCAGCCCUAUUACUAACCUCCGGACUAGUUAUAUGAUUUCACUUUAAUUCAACUUCACUUCUUUCCAUGGGCCUUUUAGCAAAUACCCUAACAAUGUAUCAAUGAUGACGAGAUAUUAUCCGUGAGGGUACAUACCAGGGCCAUCACACCCCUAUCGUACAAAAAGGUCUCCGAUACGGAAUAAUCCUAUUUAUCGUAUCCGAAGUAUUUUUCUUCGCUGGAUUCUUCUGAGCAUUCUAUCACUCCAGCUUAGUACCAACACACGACCUUGGAGGCUGCUGACCACCAACAGGAAUCUCACCUCUUAACCCCCUCGAAGUCCCACUUCUCAAUACAUCAGUUCUCCUAGCUUCAGGCGUAUCAAUUACCUGAGCCCACCAUAGCCUUAUAGAAGGAAAACGAAAUCAUAUAAACCAAGCUCUUCUUAUCACUAUUGCCCUGGGGCUCUACUUCACUAUUCUUCAGGCCUCAGAAUAUUUUGAAACAUCAUUCUCUAUCUCAGACGGCAUUUACGGAUCCACAUUCUUCAUAGCAACAGGAUUUCACGGCCUCCAUGUAAUCAUCGGAUCAACCUUUCUCAUCGUAUGUCUCCUACGACAACUCAAAUUUCAUUUUACAUCAAAACACCAUUUCGGAUUUGAAGCAGCAGCAUGAUACUGACAUUUCGUAGACGUAGUAUGACUUUUCCUGUAUGUUUCCAUCUAUUGAUGAGGAUCUU